AUGGCGAAGGAGAUCCCUGAGCUGGACUACUGGAGGAAGUUCUUCCGCUGCGCCACCCCGGAUAUCUUCCAUGUGAUCGACCAGGCGAUCCGGGUGGCCGCAGCGGACUCCCCCGCAGAGCUUUGUCGCCGCAGGGAUCGCAUCGCCGAGAAGCUCUUCUCACCUCACCCGCCCGAGCUCUCGCGAUGCGACGAACCCACAAGGAACGGGCUCCCUGAGAAGAAAGUAGAUCUGGAUCGCAUCGGCCGGGAGAAGCAGAUCAAGGCUGGUAGUAACGGCGGCGCCCCCCAGGCUGGAGAGGCCGUGACAGAUCCCACAAAGACGGAGACCAGGAGCCAGAUCAUUAGGGAUAUAUUGAAGAUUACGGAGACUCUGCUACAGGACAAAGCUCUUAUGGUUCGGUUCUUCAAUCUUUUCCACUCCUUCGAGUUUCUCUUUAAUAGCUGGAAUCGUUCUGCUUCAGGCGAUUUUUCCGCAACGAUUCAUUCACAAGACGUCCUUUUUCGUUAUUUUUCAUUAAACGCAGACGACCGACGACGCCGCCGAAAUGGCGGUCCGAGACAAAGUUGAAAACUCCAAGAGGAAGCUCCACGCUGGGUACCAGAAAGCCAGCGACGGUGAGUGGAUUUCUACUUUCUGCCGUAGAGGAUGAACAAGCUUUUUAUGUUAAGAUAGAGCCAACGAUGGGACGCUAACCGGGGGACGCCGUCUUUCUCCGGGAGUGCAGCGAAGAAGAUGAGGAUGGUUCACAUCGUGUCGCUGAAGGACGCACCUAAGCCGGGGCCCGAUCCCAAGGAACCACGACGCUGGCGUUGA